AUGACAGAUAUUGAAGAUGAUGAAAGUGUAGAAGAAGAAAAAUUAACAAAUAUUUCUAAUGAUAAAACUUCUCUAAAUCAUUCAAUUACAGUUGGUAAUGUAGCUCUAGAGAUAACACGUAUAUUAUCAGAUUUACAAAAUAAAAAUGAUUUGUUAUAUGAAGAAGAAAUUUUGGAAGAAGAAGAUGAUGAUAAUAUAAUGCAACAAUUACCAUCAGUUGAAGA